AUGGAGGCUGAGAAUUCAGGAAUUGUUAAGCUCAAGUGUUGUGUAAAGAAUUACGAUUGGGGCAAAAUUGGGAGGGAGUCGAGUGUUGCGCGGUUGUACGCGAAGAACAGUGGAGAAGAAACAGAAGAUUCUAAGCCAUAUGCUGAGUUCUGGAUGGGGACCCACGAGUCCGGGCCCUCCUACGCGGUGGUGGCGCAGGUGGUGGUGGGUCAGGGAGAGAAUGGAGUGCCGCUUGGGAGUCAUGGUCGUGGUAAUAGCUGUAAUUUAGUGAAUUUAAAGGAUUGGAUUGAGCAAAACCCCUGUGUAAUUGGCGAUAAGGUUCUGCAGAAAUGGGGCCCCAGUCUCCCUUUUCUCUUCAAGGUAUGCUCACCAUUAAAUCCUGCUCGAAUUAUGGAUUAA